AUGGCACCAAGGAAACUCACAGACGAUCAACUGGAAGAAAUACGACUCAUGCUUGAGACGUUUACUACUGCAUUACAAACGGCUAUGCUUGAGCAACACAGAAUUCGUGACGCUCAGGGAGAUAACCCUAGAAAUCAUCAGCAACAACAAGAUGCAUCCGACGACGAAGAUAGGAUCGACAAUAUUUUUGCCGAUCAAGGACCCGGCCGCCGUAUGGAUCAUCGUGAUGACCAAGACCGACGAGCAAUCCAACCUGUUCGUUGGGAAUCAAGUUUCAAAUCAGAAAUUCCGGAGUUUAAGGGAACUUUAAAUCCAGAGGAGUUUAUCGACUGGCUCAACAUGGUUGAAGAAAUUUUGGAGUUCCGUCAAGUUCCUGAUGAGGCUCGUGUUUCAUUAGUGGUAACCCGUUUCAAGGGUAGAGCCAUGGCAUGGUGGCAGCAACUUAAGGAAUCACGUCGUUUAGCUAAUAAAGCCCGUAUCAAUUCGUGGGAUCGUUUCACUAAACAUAUGCGUCGGGGAUUCUUACCUUUUAACUAUGAACGUACCUUGUACAACAAGUUACAGAAUUUACGACAAGGCACACGUUCGGUGGAUGAUUAUGCUACGGACUUCUUUUAUAUGACAUCAAGGAUGACGACAACUGAGACAGAGCAACAGUUAAUUUCAAGGUUCAUUGGUGGCCUUCGUUACCAGUUGCAGGUUUCACUAGCUCAAUUUAAUCCAUCCUCUGUUUCAGAGGCACAUCAGCGAGCAAUUUCAAUGGAGCUGCAGCUACGUUCCACCGGAUCCUCUUCUUCUCGAGCCCGUGUUUCAACCGUCUCUGCUGCAGACGUUGCAGGACCCAGUUCUACUGAUGGAACACAGUCACAAGCAGACACAGCAAAAGGAGGGAGCAAUACAGAAACCAUCGCUAACUCUAGACCACAGCGUACUAAUGCACUUCGAUGUUACUCAUGUGGGGAACGAGGACACAUACAAACGGCUUGUCCUAAACAGACUAAGCGUGGCCUCGUCAUUCAAGAAGCUGAAGAUGAUGAACCAAAGUACGAUGACUAUGAUGCUACAGAUGAGGACGAUACAGAGUUGAUACAAGGCGACACUGGCCUUAAUCUAGUCCUCCGUCGCAAUUGCCUUCUUCCUCGAGCCUCGCAAGAAUCAUGGCUACGCACAAACUUGUUCCGCUCCACGUGUACUAUCAAUGGACGAGUUUGUAAACUUAUCAUAGACUCUGGUAGCUGCACUAAUGUGAUGUCUUUAGAGGCAACCCAGAAGCUUGGUCUCACCGUUACACCUCAUCCUUCGCCUUAUCCGCUUGCGUGGCUGAACAACGGAACCGAAAUCAACGUUACUAAGCAAGUUCUCGUUUCUUUUUCUAUUGGAAAUUAUAAAGAUACAGUCACUUGCGAUGUCAUUCCUAUGGAUGCUUGUCACUUGCUUUUAGGGCGACCUUGGCAGUUCGACCGUGAUGCUGUUCAUCGUGGUAAGGCAAACACUUACAGUUUCGUAUUUGAGAACCGCACGAUCACUCUUGCCCCAUCUAAAGAGCAACCGGACACAAGUUCUACUGCUAGUAAAGCUACGAGCAACAAUCACGUGACGCCUUCAGCAAAGUCCCUUUUAACGCUUCCUAAGAGUGAUUUUGAGAAGCAGUUAGCUGACGUUGACGUUCUUUGGGCUCUGAUUGCUACGCCAGCAACACCUCCAGUGGCUACCACACCAUCGGCACCAUUCACUCCAAUCCUUCAGGAAUUCAGUGAUGUUUUCCCGGCUGAGCUUCCCGGCGAUUUACCACCUUUGCGAGACAUCCAGCAUCACAUUGAUUUAGUUCCUAAUGCAGUGCUUCCCAAUAGACCUCAUUAUCGAAUGAGCCCGCAGGAACAUGACGAGCUUCGUCGUCAAGUUGAAGAUCUUCUUCAAAAGGGUUAUAUUCGUGAAAGCUUAAGUCCUGCUGCAGUACCUGCCCUACUCAUUCCAAAGAAAGAUGGCUCGUGGAGAAUGUGUGUUGAUAGUCGAGCAAUCAACAAGAUCACAGUUCGCUAUAGGUUCCCUAUUCCUCGCCUAGACGACCUGCUUGAUCAAAUUGGUAAGGCAACGAUAUUUACUAAGCUGGACUUGAAGAGUGGUUAUCACCAAAUUCGUAUUCGACCAGGAGAUGAGUGGAAGACCGCUUUCAAAACGCGUGAAGGUCUUUUUGAGUGGACGGUAAUGCCUUUUGGACUUUCUAAUGCACCAAGCACGUUCAUGAGAGUCAUGAAUCAGGCACUUCGUCCUUUUAUUGGCAAAUAUGUGGUCGUCUAUUUUGAUGACAUAUUGAUAUUUAGCAACGACCUUCCUAGCCAUUUGUUGCACUUACGAACCGUUCUUGACGUCCUCCGGCGUGAGAAACUUUAUGGCGCACUUCACAAGUGUGUCUUUGGCGAAGAUCAUGUCCUCUUUUUGGGAUACAUAGUCUCCAGCAAAGGUUUACGCGUGGACCCUAGCAAGGUGGAAGCCAUUCAGUCCUGGCCAACACCUCGUUCUAUCACGGAAAUACGAAGUUUUCAUGGCCUCGUUUCUUUUUACCGGCGAUUUGUGCACCAUUUUAGUAAUAUUGCAGCGCCUUUGACAGAUUGCAUGAAGGGUUCUUCGUUUGUUUGGACGGCAGAAGCCAAUCAGGCAUUUGAAGACCUCAAGCAACGACUUGUCUCUGCUCAGGUAUUGGCCUUGCCUGACUUCACUCAGGUCUUUGAACUUCAUUGUGAUGCGUGUAAGUUCGGAAUUGGUGCGGUCCUUAGCCAAUCAGGGCGACCUGUUGCUUUCUUUAGCGAGAAGAUAGCUGGUUCACGUGCUCGUUACA